AAUCCGGUACCGACUAAUAAACCUGGCGUGGAACCUAAGCGCCCACCUAGACCUGUGAACAUAACGCAAAUGAUAAAACUGAGUCCUACCACGGCGAAUACAAUCAAUGUAUCCUGGGUCCAUGACUUUGGUAAAGCUUAUGCAAUUACAGUCGCUCUCGUCCACAAGAGGAAUUCGCUUGAUUUACUACAGAGGAUGAAAACACGCGGAGCCAAACAAAGUGAUCACACGAGGGGCAUGAUUAAAGAAAAAUUAAACGAGGAUGCUGACAGUGAAAUAGCAACAACUUCGUUGCGAGUGUCUUUAAUGUGUCCACUGGGUAAAAUGAGAAUGUCGAAUCCUUGCAGAGCGAGGACGUGCCAGCAUUUGCAAUGCUUCGACGCGUAUCUCUAUUUGCAGAUGAACGAACGUAAACCGACAUGGAAUUGCCCCGUGUGCGACAAACCGGCGCUCUAUGAUGACUUGGAUAUCGAUGGGUACUUCCAAGAAGUGUUGAACUCUCCGCAAUUGAAUUCCGAUAUUAACGAAAUUCAGCUGCACAAAGAUGGAUCGUGGAGUAUUCAAGUGGAGACUAAGAAACCUGCGCCGGCGAAGGUAGUGAAAAUGAAUACUCUGGACGAUUCAAUUGAGAUUAUUUCAGAUGACGUUGAGGUUAUAACUCCAGGUAAUGCGACGUCGACGACAACGGAGCGAACGGAGAAGACCGAAGCGGAUGCUGCGGCGACGUCGGCUGAAAGUGCGCCAGUACCUCUAAAAGAGAAAAGCGUUGUUGAUUUAACAUUGUCUGAUUCAGAGGACGACGAACCGUUGGCGAAGCGGAGGGCCCUAAAUCCGAAACCGGAUUCGACGAUCAAAUUUUCAGAUACUACUAGCAUAUCCUCGAGCAGUAAUCAGUCUCGCGUAUCGGUGACCCCAGGUCCUUCGUCCGUCUCGAGUUCCGGAUAUCCGGUUAGUCCUGGCGGUGUCAUCACGCUAAUGGACAGUCCCUCCCCUCCCGGUUCGCCCGCCCCAGCGACCGCCCAGCCUUCGACGAGCCAAUCGUCUUGCAUGCUGUCCAACGGCAGCGCCGCCGCCGCCCCCAACACGACCAACAACACCUCCGGACAAAUGUACAAUGCGAACGCCGCGAUGCCGUACCUGGAUUUGGAGAACGAGGCCAACUCCAGCGGUCAUUCGAAUUAUUAUUAAUCUCUCUUUCUUUUCUUUUUUUUACUUAUUUUGGGAAAAGAACAUACAGGCGCCGGCAUACAAAAAACAAAA